AUGCCAGGUCAGAAGUCUUCUAACGAUGGGUCGAGGUCCCCGGAGCUUGGUCGCUCUGCCAGCUACAUCCACAUUCCCCAGGUGCUCGCCGACAGCGAAAGCGACACCGGUAGUAUCAAGAGAACCAUCUCAGAAGUGAACCUUUCGCAGCUCUCCGCAGAUGCACAGUCGCCUGCAAAGCCCAUCGACGUUGAGACCGGCAAGAGCAUCUUGCGGCAGGCUUCGUUGCGAGAGAAAGCCGGCCGGCGGUCAGUCCGCAAUUCGAAGACCAGUGAUACCACCGCGGCAGCCGCUGCUACUACUACGACUACAACUACAACCGUUACCACGACCGCCGCGACCACUCCUACCACCUCGUCUAAUAAUACACCUUCAGCCCCUGCCAGUGCCAAUCCUAGUGUCGAGGUGACAGCAGCCCCGAGAGUAUCGGCUGAACGGACCCGGAAGGCCUUCUCUAAAUCAUCGUUCGCGAACCUCACCCUUAAACCAUGGAAAACAUCUCGAUCACCCUCGCCCGCUCCUAUACAGUCUCCUUCUCCCGCGCCCUCCAUUUCUUCAGACCCAAAGACUGCAUCAUCUGCGGCUACCACCUCUUCCGGAGCAAGCACGCUCUCUGUCAAGACAACAGAUACAGGGUCAACAACUACGACUGCCACUGCUUCGACCACGGACUCGGCAUCCACCUCACCGGUUGAAUCUUCAGGCACUGCAACUCCCAAGCGAGGCCGCAGGCCUGCCAGCAUCAUCUCUCUCAAAGGGAAAUCACAGACCGAGUCCAAGAGUAACAGAGACAAUUCACAACAGUCGCUACGCCGGAGACCGUCUUGGGAUCGUCUAGUGGCCUCAGUCAGCUUGUCCAGCAGCAAACAAGAUAUCCCUCCAGUCCCUCAGGUCCCUGCCUCCCAGACCUCCCGCGCAAAGCCAGAAUCUCCAAAGAAGAGAGACGAACUCUGGCAUGUCUUCCGUGCUCUUGACGUAGACUACCAAAAAUUCGCCUCGAAAUCAACCCCCCUGAAAGUCAAUGUCCUCCGCUCAUCUCUCCUUCCCGUCCUCGCCCGCAUCCUAAACCAUCCGUCUAAUCACAGACUCCGGCCUGAAGAUUUGGACAGACGUACGAACAUACUCAACAGAUGGUGGACCGGCUUGUUGGAGCUACUCAGCGGACGAAAUGGCCAGUCCAUCACCGGAACAGACAGGCCAGUCUACCUGGAAUCAAUUGUCGCCAUCAUGACUCGGCCCGAAUGGCGAGUCCCGUUCCAGUCAAAUGUCUCCGGCUCAUCGUCUACUUCUACGUCGAGGGUUGAUUUGGCUGCUAGAUCUUAUACCUCUUUGGAGACAACUGGAUCCGACUUUCUAGCGGAAUCGAUCCACCACAAUAUCCGCAACACUUUCAACCAGAAUCUACUCUCCCAGAUUGCCUACUCCAUAGAUCGCAUGUCUGUGAGGCAUACUCCGGCUAGCUUAGUCUCCUUCUGUGGGAAAACUUGUGCCUACGCUUUCUUCUUCUGUCCUGAUGUCGCCAAUGUCUUAGUCAGGCUCUGGAAUAUACCCCCUACUAUACUCCGGAACGUGAUAAAUGAGUUUGACCCUGGCCACGACCACGUACUCAGAGGAGUGAUGUCUGAGGAAAUCUCAUCCCAAUUUCCCCCAGCCGUUCGGACCCUCUCAUUUUCCGGCCAUUCAUCCUUCCUGCGCUCUCUGCGGAGUAAUACUUCGGUCCCGCUUGCUGCUGCUCAAAUCAAUUGGUUCGGCCCAUGGGCACCUCGCUGGGCCGGCCGAGAUACAGACCUUUUCUUCGUCUUCCUGAAACAUUUCUAUCUCCUAAUCACAGACUUGCUGCCAUCAAUCAACGACAUGUCAAAAAGAAUAUACGUCCCUGGAUUUAUCCCAGUGCACGCGCAAAUGUUAAUAGUCCUACAAAACACCCUUAGCAAGCAUACCGGUCUACAGCCCACGGAUGCCCUUCACAACACAGCAACCGCCACGUUCGAUGAUCUACUGGACGGCGCAGAUACACCCGCUAGCCUACCCCUGAGACAAACUAACUCAUUAAUAUUAAUGUCUGAGAGUAGGCUGAUUAUGACCCUGCGGGAUUUCCUUGCUGAUUCCUCGAUGCAGCAGCUGACAAAGCAGCUGUUCAUUGAAUCAUUCUGCAAGAUACUUAGGCUUGGCGCACGGAAGACGUCUUUAUAUGACCAUAACGCAUGUUUUGCCCUAUGUGACUUUGUCGAAGAACUUAUCCCGAUAUUACCUCCGUACUGCCGUACCAAUGGCGUACCUGAUCCCCUUGACUGGGAUUUUUGGCUGGAUGUCUGUCUGGAAAUGCUCAAGAGUAACAACUCCCUUACAGAAGUCAGGACCUUUGCUUUCAUUUUCACCGGCUGGGCAGAGAUCAACCAGGAUAUAAGACGGAAGGAAAGGCUAUGUCUCGAUAUGUUACUAGGCCAUGGCCUGUUCGACCGGUUUUUCAACCACUGGAGUCCCAUGGUCCGCGGAUAUUAUCACCGUUUGAUUUGCUGGAGGUUAGCUCGACAUGACGGUACACAACAGUCAGAGCUUGAUAUCCGCAUCUACCAAACCUUACUGGAUAAAUUGGGACAUAUAUGGGAACAGUUUGUUGCCCAUCAGUCAAUUGCAGAGAAGGGCCUUGUGGCGCCUGUAUCAACUGCCCCCUGUACACCUGCUCCUGGGCGCCGCCUUAUUAUCAUCAGGAAUGACUAUUUCCCGCCUGCUCCAAGCAUGUUUGUGUGUCUGGACAAUAUUCUACCGCCCUCGAUGGCAAUCCGCCCAAAUAAUAAUGAAUCCUCAAACAAACCUCAGGCUCCCACACCUGAGGCCGAAUCCACUUCUCCGCAAUUAAAGAAAACUUGGAAAAUGCUCAGAACUAUCUUCAAAAGCAACGCAAAUCCCAAGCCCGGAGAAGUGACCCCUCCUGGCAGCUCGAGUCCAGAGACCCCUAGUACUACAACAGCCAACGAGGGCCGCAAUGCAGGUGAACAUCCUAAGGAAGAUGGAACAACCCCUCGCCCUGAAUCUGGAUCGAGUGCCACACCCCGACAAGCAUACACUUUCCGAUUUUGCUUGGAAUGGAUUGAUCGCCAAAGAUGGCCGAGUAGGAAUAGACAACUCUAUCCUCCUUCCCUACCAGCACCAGCCCGCCUGUUCCUCCACGCACUCCAGAAGCCUCCCAUCAAUGUAUCCGACUCUAGUUCAGGCUCCAGGUCCAAUUCACGCUCAGGUACGGGAUCUGACGAUGGUUCUGAAACGGAUUCCGCCACCGAAGAGUCCGAGUCCCGAAUAACCAGCGAAACCAUCGCUCCCGUCCCAAACAAUGUGUCAAAGAAUUUGUUUGCUGCACGUAUUCAUCCUGCAACCAACGGUCAAAUGAACAAGUAUGCAGGUCGAGCACUUGCUGAAUGGGCCAUGGUUGUAUCAGAGUGUGACAAUUUCUUUGAACGAAGGCGCGACGAAGGUGUUCCUUGUGACCGAUUGGUUGAAGUCCCAACCCUCGGCGCCGACAGCUUCCGCAAAUAA